ACAAACACUAUGCAGUAGAGGUGGAGAGCACUUCAAAGUAAUUAGCCUGCUCCAGAUAUUGCUAUAUAUAUAUCAGAUCUUCACCAAGAGAACCACACAUUUCUACUCUCCAAAGGGACCAAGCAACAUGGACCAGAGCAAAGCCGUCUUAAUGGACCGACCCCCAGUAAGUUAUCUGAAGUGUCCAACUAUUCAAUGCACUUUACUAUGCAGUCUUUAGUAGGAAGCAUACAUAGUGCAAAAGAUGAUCUGAGAAGACUAUAGAUGCAGAUCUUUGUCGUGGGAGCAGAUAAUGGAAACAUUAGAUCUUUAUUCAGUUUUCUCUCUAUGUCCCAGGUGUACUCUGAAUUACUGCCACUGCCAGGCAUCCCAUGUCUGGGCAGCUUCAAGAAGCUCUUAUGCGUGGUCCUUGUUGUGGUGGUCCUGGUCGUGGUCCUUCUUGGAGUCCUGCUGAUGGGGCUACAUAUGAGCCAGAAGCACACAGAGACGGUCAGUACUAAUAAAUCAAUCAUUAAUCUUUAGCUAAGGAACAGUCAGCUUUGUCAAUAAUUUCUAAUUCAAUAUACACGGUCACUAAAUAGAUUAUGAUCACGAUGCAUUAUUACAUUCAUGAGCUAAUGUACAAUUAAUUAAUACACAAAGGCUAAUAUGAUAACAGCUAAUAAACAAACCACAAAGUCCAUUCGCACCAGGUCAACAAAAAACGGAAGCUCCUGAUGUAAAUAUUAGAAAUAUAGAAAGGAUCACUUCAAGAACCGAAAUCACUAUAGCCCGCCAGGCAUUUAAGUUCUACAGGGCACCUGCGGCUGCAAGUCCUGCUUUCAGACAUCUCACUUUAGGAGAAUCCAGUUAACUCAAAAGAACUAAGCAAGGAUCACUGACUGAGAGCAUUAACUGAGCCCGGGUCCUGUAUCGGCCAGGCUUUUCUUAGUGACAUCCAACUUCUCCUUCAGGAGAAGAAUGGACACAGAACAGGCAUCCAGGUAUGUUUCAAACAAUAGUAAAAUAGUGAGCUGCAGGUAGUGUUUAACAGUUUUUCUUUAACUAAAUAUUAAUUUAAUGGAAUAAAAUAAACUAUGAGUAUUGAGCCUCUCAAGACCCACAGCUAGCCUUUUGAGAUUAAUUACUAGUGUGUAUCUCAUUCAUAAACACUGGUUAUUCAUAGAUUCAAUAUUACUUAGAGAAAGCAUAAGGUUUUUUUUUUUGUUUUUGUUUUUUUACAGUUUACAGCCUUCAAAGACCAGGAAUAGUAUCUGUCCAAGAAUAACCAUGCACUGUCAGGACAACAUUUAGGGAGAAAUAUAUCAAAGCAAAACAGGUGCUAUUCUAGGGCAAAGUACUACAUACUCUGGGGCAUUUUAUAGAGAUUGCUCCCUUUUAACACUAUGCCCAAUAAUUGCACUUGUUUUGCCUUGAUAAUGCUCACCCUUUAUGUUCAGGAAAGGUUACCUCUGCUACCAGCAUUAAAUUCGCAAUCAUCACAACAUAUUCUACACUCAUACAGUGGUGUAUCCUGGUUUUGUGCCGCCCUAGGCAGGACAAAACUCAGGCACCCCCCUCCUCCUGCGCCACCCCCACCCAACCCUUCCCCCCGCCCCACCUUCUAAAUACACACACACACACACACAGUCAGACAGACACACACACAGUCAGACACACACACACAGUCAGAUACAAACACACACACACACAGUCAGACACAUACACACACACACACACACAGUCAGACACAUACACAGACACAAACACACACACACACAGUCACAAACACACACACAGUCAGACACAAACACACACACAAAGUCAGACACACACACAAACACCGUCAGACACAAACACACACACACACAGUCAGACACAAACACACACACAGUCAGACACAAACACACACAGUCAGACAUACACACACACACACACACACACAGUCAGACACAAACACAGAGACAAACAAAGUCAGACACAAACACACACACACACAGUCAGACACAAACACACACACAGUCAGACACACACACAAUCACUCACAUUAACUUUUUUUUUAAUUUAAACCCUCCUCCCCCCAGCCUCCUUACCUUUGGGAGUGCUGGGGGGGGUUCUCUCUUUGUCCCUGGUGGUCCAGUGGCUGCCGGUCGGGCUGGGCAGCGGUGGCUGCUGGGCAGGCGGCGCUGGCGAGGAAGCACUUCCUCUGAGCUGACUGCUCAGCUCCCUUGCGCGCCGCAGAGUGAGGCUGGGAGCCGGAAUAUGACGUCAUCUUCCGGCUCCCAGCCUCACUCUGCGGCGCGCGAGGGAGCUGAGCAGACCGCUCAGAGGAAGUGCUCCCUCGCUAGCCACCAGCGCCGCCCAGCCCGACCGGUAUGUCUGUUAGCCACGAGGCUAACAAGGCAUUUGCCCUGGGUAUUUGGGGCGGCGUUUUUUGCCGCCCCCUGAAAAAUGCCGCCCAAGGCAAAUGCCUUGUUUGCCUCAUGUCUAAUACGUCUCUGCACUCAUAAUAGUGAAUAAACCUUCAUUGAUAUUAGUGUACCAUGUCUUGUUUAGUUUAGGAGAGUGGUGCACUGUCCUAGAUAUCAUAUAUAUACAUACAUAAACAUGGUCCUCAUUAUGUUUCAAUAAUUAGCUGUUACAUGAUUUGCUUGGUUCUUUUGAUAUGGCAGUCUGUGCAGCGCUGGCCCAGGGGGCACAUAGAUUGUGGCGGUGAACACCCCUAGCACUAUUCUCAGUUGAAGUGAUAAGAACUGGGAGUGGCAGCAGAGUGGGGAAUGAAUUAGGGAAGAAAAGGAAAAGAGAAUCAUUUUAGGGAUAGAUAACAUUUAUUUUAUUUGUAGAGUGUGGGAGUGCACUAUAUGUGUAUGUUCUUGAGGUGCAGUUUUGGUGGGGCAGUAUUUUGUUCUUGGACCCAGGCAGCACAAUGCCUUUGAGAAUUGUGAAGUAUUUACCAGAGAACAUACCAUUUGUAUGCCACCAAAGUAAAACUUGACAGAAAACAAUGUUACUCCAUCAUAAUCUUCAGCUGUAAUAUACUAACUAAACAAGAUAUAUGAAUGUAUGUAUAUAUCUAUGUAUGUAUAUAUCUAUGUAUGUAUAUAUAUAUAUUUAUAUAUGAGUAUAUAUAUAUAUAUAUAUAUAUAUAUAUAUAUAUAGUUAGUUAAAUGGACUCCACCUACUUUGGACUACACUGGCAUUAAUGUGACACAGAGUCUUUGUUCCCCUUUCAGAUAUUCCAGAUGUCUCUGCAUGAUGGCACCGAAUCUGCCCUUCGCAAGGAAGGGGUUGCUACUUUUCACCUGGAUACUGGGAUCAAUUCCUCAGCUACUGUGGUGUAUGACUACAAUAAGGUAAUGAGAGGGUAGUACUGGUAGAAGUUAAUAAAAAAAAAAGUAAAGCGUUGAAACUCUAGGGUUUAUGGUAGAACUGGCCAAUGGGUUGUAUCAGAUAUGAGUUGUUGUCCAAAAACAGCAAGCUACCAGAAGCCUUAGUUUAUGGCAAUCAAGGCUAACCCUGAUCACUCCAGAUGUUUUAGAAUGAGUUUCCCAUGAAGUUCGUUGCUUUUUGCAGCUGAAACUAGUCUACAUCAGCUGGAGGGCCAAAGAAUUGCCAUUACUGGUCUUUAAUAAGAAGAAACAUUUUAUAAUGUGAUUUGUUAACAUAUGUGUUGUGCCUCUACAGCUGCUGAUCAGCACCCGCCCUCGCCCUGGACGUGGAUGUUACAUCACACGCAUGGAUCCAGAGAAUGUUCCAAGCCUUCAGAGUAUUGCAGAGAAUGUGCUCAGCAAGGUGAGACAGUGGGACACUUUAAGACACAUAUAGCCCUAAACGCAGACAGAAUAUAGAAACAGACAAUAAACAGAGACAUGGCAGAAAAACAUAGACAUGGAAGAGAGAAUGCACACAGAGACAGGGCACAAAGAGAUAGACAUGAAACAGAAAAUGGACACAGAGACAGGGCACAAAGAGGUAGACAUGAAACAGAGAAUGGACACAGGGAGACUGUGAAUAGAGAGAGGAGAUGCAGAUAUAAUACAAAAAACUGAUAGGAAACAGAUGCAAAUGAGAGAUUCAUUCUGGAAAAUACAGUAUCUCACAUGUUUGUAAAUAUUUUAUUAUAUCUUUUCAUGUGACAACACUGAAUAAAUUACACUCUACCACAAUGUAAAGUAGUAAGUGUACAGCCUGUAUAACAGUGUAAAUUUGCUGUCCCCAUCAAAAUGGCCCCUCAAAAAUUGGCCUCGCCAUGGUCGAUCAAAGAAGUUGAGUGCGCAUGCUCAGCGUCAUAUCCAUAGGUUGUCUUCGGGAAAUAGAUGUAUGAGUGCUGCCAGCAUUGCUACAGAAGUUGAAGAGGUGGGGGUCAGCCUGUCAGUGCCCAGACCAUACGCCGCACACUGAAUCAAAUUGGUCUGCAUGGAUGUCAUAAAGAUAAAUGUACAAGAAAGCACACAAACAGUUUGCUGAAGACAAGCAAACUAAGGACAUGGAUUACUGGAACCAUGUCCUGUGGUCCGAUGAGACCAAGAUAAACUUAUUUGGUUCAGAUGGUGUCAAGCGUGUGUGGCGGCAACCAGGUGAGGAGUACAAAGACAAGUGUGUAUUGCCUACAGUCAAGCAUGGUGGUGGGAGUGUCAUGGUCUAGGACUACAUUUGUGCUCCUGGCACUGGGGAGCUACAGUUCAUUGAGGGAACCAUGAAUGCCAACAUGUACUGUGACAUACUGAAGCAGAGCAUGAUUCCCUCCCUUCGGAGACUGGGCCGCAGAGCAGUAUUUCAACAUGAUAAUGACCCCAAACACACAUCCAAGACAACCACUGCCUUGCUAAGGAAGCUGAAGGUAAAGGUGAUGGACUGGCCAAGAAUGUUUUCAGACCUAAACCCUAUUGAGCAUCUGUGGAGUAUCCUCAAAUGAAAGGUGAGGGAGCGCAAGGUCUCUAACAUCCAUCAGCUCCGUGAUGUCAUCAUGGAGUGGAAGAGGACUUCAGUGGCAACCUGUGAAGCUCUGGUGAACUCCGUGCCCAUGAGGGUUAAGGCAGUGCUGUAAAAUAAUGGUGGCCACACAAAAUAUUGACACUUUGGGCCCAAUUUGAACAUUUCCACUUAGGGGUGUACUCAUUUUUGUUGCCAAUGGUUUAGACAUUAAGGGCUGUGUGUUGAGUUAUUUUGAGGGUACAGCAAAUUUACAUUGUUAUACAGGCUGUACACGUACUACAUUACAUUGUAACAGAGUUUAAUUUCUUCAGUAUUGUCACAUGAAAAGAUAUAAUAAAAUAUUUACAAAAAUGUGAGGGGUGUACUCACUUUUGUGAGAUACUGUUUAUCCAAAAGGAGUGAGAUAAGAAUUAUAAAUAAUAAAACCAGAAAAAAAAACAGAUGGGAAACAAAGGUAAUUAAAACAAUACACCAAUAUAUAGAGAAGGGUAUUAAAGGUACACCCAAGACCCCUAAAGCACAACAUUUUAUGUGUGAAGAGUGUGUCUUCUUUUUUCAUUUUGCUAAAAAUGCAGAUUUCAAUAGAAAUUGGCACUUUUAUAAAUUAACAUAGUGUGAACCCCCUGUAUAACAAUGUAAAUUUGACUUUCAAGCAGACAACUGGUCCAGUUACUUCCUGGUUUAAUUAGCUCAGUGGAGCUAAACUCAAGAGGCAGGCACUGCUCAGAGCAACUGCCUUGCAAAGACUUCUCAUUGACCUGCAUUGGGAAGUCUGUGACUGGAGAGUCGCAGAAAGUCUGAUUGGGGUAAGAAGAGGAGGGCUUGCAAAGGCAGCAGACAAGAAAACAGCAAGUUUUGCAAGCUGUUUUUAUAUAUGACUCCAAUGAAAAAAAAAUGCAUAAUUAAAUGUAUGCAAGUUUUCAUUUGGGGUAUAUCUAUUACAUAGUAAAUUUGAUUUAUGUUUGUAUUUGUGCAGGGAAGUAUCCCUUUAACAUUACAUCUUGGUUCCUAUUUGCAACAUUAAUCUAUGCAAAAAAAUAUGUAAUGAAUAACUAAUAAUCACAUAUGCCCAUAUGGGUAUAUGGUGAUCAUCGACCAUCAUUAGACCCUAUUCUUGCAUGGCAUUCUCACAGACAGACUAACGUGGAACAUCGCAUAAACAGGCUAAGCCAAAGAUGACAUAACCUUUCUGUUGAAAGAACUGCUUUGUUCCCUUGAAAUGGACAUGGAUGGACAGGAAUACAAUUUUUUUCCAUUGAUGUUUUCAUUAAAAAAAAAUAUUUGUGGCUUGACUGCUCCUUUAAGCAAACAGUGGUUCAGUCAUUCCACAUGGCCACAAACAACUGUUUCACAUAAAUUUACAUCCAAAACACAUUACACUGGAAAGCUUGGAAAGCUUUUAAAACACUGGAGAUUUCACUAAUUUAAAAUGUAUAAAGUAGCUCUAUGAAGUCUUGUUUUCUAAUGUUCUAAUGUUUGAAAAGGCCCUCUUGUAAUACAUAGGGAAUUUCACUGAUGUGAAAUCCCUUCAACUUAUAUCAUUUACUAAAUGUCCCUGAAUAGAAAUUAAAUUAAGCUUACUGUGCACCCGCAAUUAAUGGCUGUAUUUGCUGCCCGCAAGUGCAAAUGGGUCCAUCCAGAAGGCAUAUUUUUAAACUCGAUCUAUUUUUGCUAUUCAGAAUCAUUUUAUUCAGAUUUAAAGCUAUUUACAACUCCAGAAUGUUUUCAAUUAUAGUGUAUUGUGGGUUUCCUUUUCUGACAUUCUAAACACAUUAAUAUAAUUGUGUGUUAUCAUCACUGCCUGAACCAGAAAUAGAUGAAAAAAUAGUGUAAUCCAUUAAAAGCAAAUGCAUAUGACUAAGUAUAUAUAAUGAAACCCCUCACAUGACGCAGAGCCUUCAACAGACUCUGUAAAAGUCGUUUUAAAGAGGCCUUCCAUGAAUUCCAAUUUAGCCACUACUGACCCGAUUUUAUGUACCUGUCCUGAUGUCAUGCUGCCUUUAUGAAUGGAGAGCUACUGACUGGCUUAGAGCAUCAGCUUGAGCUCUCAGCCAAUCAACAAAGACCUUGCCCAAUGCUGUCCGAGGUUUUCUAUUUCAAGAACCAAAAAAAGUGGAAGGAAAAGGAAAGAGCUAAACAGCAUUGGAGUUUAGAUAUUGGGGUUAAACUAUUCAUUAACGGUUUAACUCCUAAAGGUAAGCUGGCACCAAAGACCUUCUGGUACCAUAACAACUUUAUUCUAAUGAUGUUCUGUUUGUUGUUAUGAUGCCGAAAGCAUUUCUUUAAGACCAAAAUAGCCAAAUUAGGAAAAGUCAGUUAUGCUUCCAGCUAGACUAUUUUAAAAUUCAAUUUGAAACCACAUUGAAUUCACCCUUUAGUCAUUAACCAUGUGCAUUAAAACCACUUACAUAAUAAAAUAGUAAGGCAUUUCUCUGUAGGGUAACUCACAAACUGCGUUUCAACAUGAGGGGGACACCAUUCCAUACAGCUUAAAGGGAUUCACUGACUUUUUUAUCAUUUUAUUUUAUUUUAGAUUGGACAGAAAGAAGGUACCUCCCAGCAGCUUGUAACGGACCUUUCCGUGCUGGGAACGACCAGUCGAGUUUUGUGUGGACAACUUCCCGUGUACUGGGCCUGAGCCUGCAUUCUUCCAUCUGUACUUAAACACAUUUAAGAUCCUGCAAUCGUAGUGUGAAUUGUUGGCCUCCUCCAUGCGUACAAUGAAAUGAUUCUUUCAUUGGGACACUGUGUAACCACUUUACCUGAAAACCUCAUAAAUCCUAUAUAAAUGAUCACCUUCAAGUAAUCUGUCACUGACAUGUGGUGGGAUCUCACUGUCACCUCCAGAUGUACAGCAUUAACUGCCUUCAUGUAACCUCCACACACUUCAUUACACUUCUACCUACCCUGAAAUUGUGUUUGUCAAAUAUCCAAUCUGCAUUUGUGGUUUCACAUCCUAUAUUGUGACCUGUCACUGCUAGGUGCAAUAUGAUCUAUCUUGUCACAGAUAUUCGUCUUCUGAGCCCUAGGUCCUGCCAACUCCAAACACAGAAACCUAUUUUUCAUCAAAGUGACUGUCAUAUCAAUAUAUAUAUUUUCUGGGUUUUACACUUUUGUGUCAUAUCCCCCACAUCACACAGAGCAUAGCUCCACCGUGUGACCAACACCAAACACAUUGUAGUCCUUAUAUCUCCUGAAUUUGUUCCCUGUGUCCUGUCACCCAUGUUAGACAACACCGUGCAUCUCCUCGGUGUCCAGUCAGCCCACACCAAAAACAGAGUAAAUAUUGCACCACUGUUACCACUCCUACUGUAUGACCCACAACAAACUUUAUUUCCUGUCUUCCUAGCCACAAUGUAACCCUUACAAUUUAGCUUGUGUACUCCAUCCGUGUGGCCCUCUUCUGCUUGUCUCAUUCUCCCUUCACAAUUUGUUCCCAAUUAUAGACUGCCUCUCGGUUCUGUAUAUACUGGAUUAGCUGUAAUGGUUUUGGGGUUUCCUUACCUGUGAUUUUAUGUUGUCUGUUGUUGAAAGAAAUCACAUUUCUGGAAAAAUAAAAUGUUCAGCAUGCAGAAUGGGCUCUAUAUUAUUUAUAUACGAUAUGUGCAUAUAACUGUGUUAGAACUAGCUUAAGGGAAAUAAAAUAAUUUCUUCUCUGUCGUUAGCUAAAAUACCUAUUACCUAUGUUCAUACCUUGAGGAUGCAAGUUUGAUUUACCAAACUAGCAAAUGCUAUCUCUUUCCUUCUAAUGUUUAUUAAACUGAUUUCAC